AUGAAUACCAACGAUGCCAAGGAGUAUCUGGCACGGCGGGAGAUACCUCAACUAUUUGAGAGCCUGCUUACGGGUUUGAUGUACCACCGACCCGAUGACCCCGUGGACUACCUGGAGGUCUGCCUGAAAAAAGUGCGGGAGCUGGGCGGACCGGACAAGGUGCGGUGGGACACGUUUGUGGGUCAGGAGAAGAAGCCCUUGCCGCCAAUCAACGGCGGACAGUCGCGUCGCUCACUCUUAAGAAACGUGAUGCCCGACAGUCCCAAUUUCCCAUACAGACGCUACGAGCGCCUUCCCCCCAUCAGCCAGUUCUCCAUCGAGAGCGACUCAGACCUGUCGGAGACAGCCGAACUCAUCGAGGAGUAUGAAGUGUUUGAUCCAUCCAGGCCGAGGCCUAAAGUCAUCCUCGUUAUCGGUGGCCCUGGCAGCGGCAAGGGAACACAGUGCCUGAAGAUUGCCGAGCGCUAUGGCUUCCAGUACGUGUCGGUGGGCGAGCUGCUGCGGAAGAAGAUGAUCCACAAUGCCACCAGUAACAGAAAGUGGAGUCUGAUCGCCAAGAUCAUCACCAAUGGCGAGCUGGCGCCGCAGGAAACCACCAUCACCGAGAUCAAGCAAAAGAUCAUGAAGAUUCCAGAUGCUAACGGCAUCGUCAUCGACGGUUUCCCGCGGGAUGUCGGACAGGCCUUGUCGUUCGAAGACCAGAUCUGCACUCCCGACGUGGUGGUCUUCCUGGCGUGCACUAAUCACCACUUGAAGGAACGCCUGCAGCGGCGGGCUGAGCAGCAGGGUCGUCCCGACGAUAACCCCAAGGCUAUCGACCGCCGUCUGACCAACUUUAAGCAAAACACCAUCCCGCUAGUCAAAUAUUUCCAGGAGCGGGGCCUCAUCGUCACGCUCGAUGCGGCUCGGGAUGAAGAGGAGGUGUUCUGUGACAUCAGUGCGACUCUGGACAACAAGCUUUUUCCCUCACAAGAGUCUACCGCAGGUCCAAGUGAGCCGGAUCUUAGUACGCUGCCUGAAUGCAACAUGGUGGACUUCAUAGAAAAAAACGAUGAAGAUGAAGAGGAAGAGGAGCUGGGAUAUGCCGAAGAGAGCCAAGAAUUUUUCUGCGCACCGCCGAAGAAGCCGAAGGUCAUCUUUUUGAUGGGCGCGGCAGGCUCUGGCAAGCGCACUCAGUGCGAGCGCAUGGAAGACAAAUUGGGCCUGCGUCACGUGACCUUGGCCGACUUGCUGUGCGGCGAGAUGCAGACUCCCGGCGACAGGGGGCGCCACCUGCGGGACGUCCUGCAAAGAGGAGAGCCCCUACCGGAGGACGUCACCAUGGACCUGCUGUGUGAGGCUCUCACGUCUAGAAGGCAGGCUAAGGGCGUGGUGGUUUGCGGCUUCCCUGUGGAUCUGAGACAAGCUCAGCUGUAUGAAGCCAAGAUGGGCGAACCCACCGCCGUGCUCCUGCUCAGCUGCUCCACCCAGACCCUCGCCGGGCGCCUGCAGAGCCGCCGGAGUUCCGCUUCGUCCGUCGGGUCGGCUCCGGACAAAGACGGCACCCCCUGCUGGAGGGCCGACAGCUUCUGGGCCGACGCCAAGCCGGUGGCAGAACACUACGACGGCAAAAAAAUCCUGCACACGAUUGAUGCUGAGCGGUCACCUGAUCAAGUGUUUGCUCAGAUCUGCAAGGUGAUGGAGUCCUCUCUUGCCAACUGA